GAUAGACGGCUCGGCACACUCGCCAAUACACAAUCCGAUUGCUUUCUCUCUCUCUCUCUCUCUCUCACACACACACACUGUGUGUCGUCUAUAAGUUGGGGAAUUUUUUAGCCCUAAAAUUUCUGCUCUCGAUCUCCAUCUCAAACUUACAGGCGCAACUCAAAAUAAAAUAUGAGUACUCUAGAUGUCGCGAGGACAGAACUUGCACUUGCUGUUCUGUAUUUGAACAAAGCGGAAGCCAGGGACAAGAUAUGCAGAGCAAUACAAUACGGGUCAAAGUUUGUGAGUAAUGGGGAGCCUGGCACGGCACAGAACGUUGACAAAUCGACUAGCUUGGCUAGGAAAGUUUUCCGACUUUUCAAGUUCAUCAAUGAUUUGCAUGCUCUUAUCAGCCCGACUGCUCCUGGAACUCCCCUUCCGAUUGUUUUACUUGGGAAGUCAAAAAAUGCAUUAUUGUCGACUUUCUUGUUCCUCGACCAAGUUGUUUGGCUCCAUAGAUCAGGCAUUUACAAGAACAAAGAUCGUGCAGAAAUUCUCGGCAGGAUAUCUCUUUUCUGUUGGAUGGGCUCCUCCGUCUGUACUACUUUAGUCGAGAUAGGAGAGAUCGGGAGGCUUUCCAAAUCAAUAAAGAAGUUGGACAAGGAACUCAAGGGUACCGAUAAAUACAAGAAUGAACUGUACCGUGCUAAAGUUAAAACAUCAAACGAGAGGUCGUUGGCCUUGAUCAAAGCAGCCAUGGAUAUCGUGGUUGCAGCUGGUCUGCUCCAACUCGCUCCGAAAAAGGUUACUCCUCGUGUUACAGGAGCGUUUGGAUUCGUUAGCUCUCUCAUAUCUUGUUAUCAGUUGCUUCCAUCACCACAGAAGUCGAAAACGCCUUGAAGCAGAUGAUGGAUGGCAACUACGUAGGUUUGGAAGGCGUUAUAAUAAUUAUACGCGUAUAUUGCAGUCACAUACGUUGUUCGUGUAUGAUUUUAUUAUUUUGCAGUCAACAAUUACAAUAAUAAUAAUAAUGUAUGUUGUGUCUGUUUUUAUCGUUUUAUUAGUAUUAUUCGUAGCGUGUCUCUGUCACUCCGACUCGAUCCUAAGAUUAGAAAUAUCAAGGAAUGAUCGAAAAUGGUGUUGGUAUU